AUGUCUGAACAUCAUAUAAAGUUCUUUAAGAUCCAACAGUUUGUAGAUGAAGUGAAGAAGCAAAAUAAAACAGCAAAGAGACUACUUAUAUGCUUACCACAAACAUUAUGUCAAGGAAAGUAUGGUUAUAGUGCAAGUCCGAUCAUGAUCUUUGUCGAUAAGCAGAAAUACACAAAUGAAGGUUUAGCUAAUUUACUCAAGUUUGAAAAGAUAGCUAUAAACAUUCCUGACCAUUUCUCAGCGAGAAUAAACCUUGACAAGACUAAAAGUUAUUGUUUAUAUGUAGAUCUCACGAAAUCAACAAAGAGUAAAGACAAAGAAUAUAACCCAGUUGAACUUAAGACAAUGGGUAAGAACUUACUCAAAGCUGCUAUCAAACCUGUCGAAGAGAUCGACAUUGAGGAUGAAGCAGAAGAAAUAGAUGUAGAUCCUGAAGUGUUAUAA